AUGGCGAAUACCCCGGACAAGGCAGGGUAUGACGCAGUCUCCAUGUCCACUGUCACAAAUCAUGACGACCUCGCUGAUAGUUCAACGCCCGGACUCAACGCCGAGCUCCUCAUCGAAGAGAUAUUGAGGGAAAACACUAGUCUUCAUGCCAGCUACAGAAUUUCAACCGCAGCAUUUCCCGGUCGACAUUUCUCAUUGGGCGUUUCUGAUAUUUGGCAUAAGUUAAACAGCGCAGUGACUUCUGCGAACUUCGAGGGAAAGUCAUGCGGUUCUCUCAACGGCUUUGAAUCCAUCCUUGUUGAAGGAGAUGGGCUGCUUCCUUUGACUGAUUUACCGACGCUACUCCCUCCCAUGACACGCGUAUUGUUCACACAAAGCUUAUCUAUCUGGGUAGCUCUUUCGCAGACCUAUCUUCCUAGAACUGCUGAUCCUAUGAGAGGUAGGCUAGUGGCAUUACACCAUAGGCUGCAAGGCAAGCAGUGUAUUAGAUGCUGCAUUUUGAAUGCGGAGCAGUUAGUUGCAAACUACAAGCCUCCCAGAAGCUGUGUAUUGAUCCUUACCUCUUUGUGCGGGCCAGGGGGUUAUGUGUUUGGCUGGGAAGGUUAUUGUAGUAACGGUGCGCUUGUUCUUAAGAGGCUUUUCGAAGAUGGCAUAUAA